AAGGUGAUAUCCAGCGAGAUGACUAAAGUUCCUGAAAUUUAUAUUGUUUCCUUCUAUCCAUAAUUCUAAUGUAUAUAUAAAGACACUUAAGUAGAACAACAAUAUGAAUCCUAACAAUAGAGGUUGAGGGAAAUAAAUUCUCUAGCAAGUCAUGACUUCUUCCUCUAAUUGUUUCUUUUUUGUUUCAUUGGUAGUCUUGUUACUAUUUUUCUUGGGAUCUACUUUGACCAUGGCUUCAACAAAAGACAUUGAUUCCAUAUGCAACUCUGUCGGGAACAAAAACUUCUGCCAGCAAACGCUCACAGCGUAUCCUCCCGCUGUCUCUGCAACUAACAUAGCCAAACUUGUGAAAGCCACACUGGACCUUGGAAUGACCGAGGCUAAAAAAAGGGCAGGUUUUGUUGCCGGAUUGGAAAAAGAGCCUACAUUUAAGAAAUACUUUAAGAUGUGCAAUGAAUCCUAUACCUCAAUAGUGCUGAAUUUUAGAAGUGCUCGACUAGAAAUCGAGGAUAACGAUUCAGAGACUGCAAGCUAUGAUAUAGCUGUUAGUUAUGACGAUACAAAUAUUGUGAAGGAUACAAUCGGCAAGAACACUGACAAGGCCUCAAAGAGUCUCAUGGAGAUGACAUUAGUUAUGGAGGAUUUCAUUAAUAUAGCUUUUGUUGCCGUCGACAAAAUAUGACGCAAUUAUUGAAAUUUUUAUGGUACUCAAAUCCCAAAAUAUGAUAUUUAAACUUGAAAUAUAAAUAUAAAGUUCAAUUCUGAUUAAUAAA